AUGAAUGCUGUUUUGGGAUUGAUUCCCACUGGAAAUGGCUGGGCAAAGCAGUUUGAAUCCAUUGUGACUAGUCAUUCAAGAUCCAGGUAUUCGCUGGUAUGUGCAGUAGCUAUUCCUGCAAUCGGAAUAUUGAUCUUGAAAAGAUGGCUUCAGCCUUCAUUGCUACCAAAAGGAUUGCCUACUCCGCCUUAUCUACCUCUGGUUGGGCAAUUCUUUACCAUUCUACCGUAUGCCAACCGACGACAGACUCAUGAGUUUUUUGAAAAAAUGAGAAAAACAGUUGGCCAUAUAUGGUUGAUGAAGAACAUGUCAACGGACAUUGUGGUUGUAAGCGAUCCAGAAAGUGUAAUGCGUCUAUUGCAAAACUCGACUGAAAUUACUCGUGGCGAAAAACUUCAGCUCUCUGCACAAACCAUGUUUGAACACUCACUUUUCGUACUUCCAGGUGGUCCGGUUUGGAAAAAGCAUCGGAAAUUGCUUCAGCCUGCAUUCGGUCCAUUACAUCUGAGAUUUGCUGCACAUGCAUCAGAGGAAGCUAUUGUUCAACUCUCGAUGCUGAUCGAGGAUGAAAUUCGUGCAGCCGAUUCCGAGUGUUAUACAAUUGACAUUUAUCAAUACAUGACUGCUAUUUCAAUGGAUAUCAUGGGUCAAGUCACAUUAAAGCACGAUUUCAAAGCAGUCAGGUCUGUCUAUGACCAGGAGGACAGCAAGACUCCAGGAGUAUUUGACAAGUUGGUCACUUUUCUGCAGCGUAGACUUUUUAUUCCUCCGUUUUUGUGGGGAUUGGUCGGACUGCAUAAUAGUUCACCAGAAAUCCGUAGCACAGUCGGAUCUGUUGUAAACAUGGUCAAAGCCAUGAUCAAAGACUACAAAGAUGCUCACAAGAACGAUCAAUCAAAUGAUAUCAAAGACAAAAAACACAUGGAUGUGCUAGAACGGCUUUUGCACAGUAACAGUGAGGCUCAGCUAUUCUCUGAACAAGAAAUUAUCGAUGAGCUAAUUGGAUUUAUUAUUGCUGGCCACGAAACAACAGCAAACACAAUGACAUUCAUUGUAUUUGCUUUAUGCCAGAAUCCAAAAGUGCAAGAAAAACUGGCUGCGGAAAUACACGAUAUAUACAAUUCGCUCGACGAAGAGUUGAAUGUUGACAAUAUACUUCGGUUUACAUACUUGGACUGGGUGAUCAAAGAAGCUCAACGAUGCUACAGUGUCGUACAGCAAGUUAGCCGGGUAUCCACUCAGGAUAUUCAACUGUUGGGUUAUACUUUUAAAAAAGGUACAAGGUUUCUCCUUCGUCUAGCAGAUGUUCAUCAAGACGAUCGGUACUGGAAAGAUCCUAAGCAAUUCAAUCCAGACCGCUGGGCAGAGCCAUGCACUCCUGGCACAUUUCUUCCUUUUGGCGACGGGCAGUUCAACUGCAUAGGGCAGAAAAUGGCGCUCAUUGAAAUCAGAGUGAUCAUGAUUCAUCUGAUUAGGCAAUUCGCUUUUGAUUUGGUUCCAAAUCAAAAGCUAGAAAGAUUUUCCACUGUUACACAUGGAUUCAAAAACGGCCUCAAAGUUAAAAUGACCAAACGUAAAUGA